GGGUGUAGGAGAAGAAAAGUACGGUUGGAGAUUAGAUGGUGUUUAACGUCAUGAGUGCAUCCUACAUUCUACACGCUCUUCUAUUAUGGUAUGCUCAUAGGGGUUGGAAGCACGAGCAUUGAUUCAAUAAUGACCACCACGCAAAGCAAGAACGAGAUGAAGUACUGAUCCAGCUGUGAUAUUGAAGUCUUUGGCUGUUUUAUCAUCGGGCAUCUGCCUCCCACUGAAGAUCAGCCGCUGUUGUUGUGGUGGCACGCCCGACUGCUCCUCCACUUUCUCCUUGAUUCUGCUGAUCUUGUCUUCGGAAUCGAUGUCUAACUCGAUCUACAGAAGAUGUCAGUGGCCAUACAUUAGCUAGUGGUGACCCCCCUCAGGAGCGUACCUCCUUGCCAGUCAAUGUCUAGGAAAUACAAUCAUCCGCAUGUUACGCUCAAGAUUAUAUCUGAUGCUUGCCUUUACUUUGAUCAACAUGUCGAUCUGUUGUUCUGUUGCAAGGUAUUGUACAGCAAAUGGGGAGGACGAAACGGGAAAAGUGACGCCAGGGGGUAUGUCCUGCUUAGUCAGCAGCUCUUCUGGUCUCCCGUUCCCUCGAAGCGGUUGGCUCAGGCUUGCAACGCAAUGGCGGAUAUGGACACAACACCCUCUGGAAAACCAAUUGUAGCAAGGGACAAGACUCCGCCGUUCCUCAUUCGCACGUUCGUGAAGGUAGGGACACCGCACAGACUUUCGUUGUUCGAGGAGGGCACGCUCCCAACGACGGACGAACAGCAGAUAUUCACCUGGAAAGACGCGACCUUGCGCGAGGUCUUGACCACGCUACGAAACACUGCACCUCAGAUACCAGAACUUAAACAUCCACUUGGACGUUACUCAUUCCGUGCUAUCUACGCAGAUGCUGCCAACAGGGGUCGUUUCGCUCAAAAAGAACUGGGUAUCGUCUAUUCCAGGGACAUACUGGGAGAACCUGGAAGUUUGGAAUUUCCUGCCCCGCGUCUGGUGGAGGAUGCGGAUAACGAAAACAGAGAACUGACAGAACGCGAAAAGGAAGAAAGGACGCUCGAAGAACUGCGUUUCGUUCCUGGAGACUACCUUUGCAUAUCCAUCAUUCUUCCGAAGAGUGCGACUGCUGGUGCUCCUCCCCAAGGCGAAACCACUGUCAACAAACCAGUGCCAAGUGCCAAUGGAUGGAGAGGUGGUGCUCUUGGCCGUGUCGGAGAUUCAGGAUGGGGUUCGCGUGCUCCGGCUGGUCGGGGUGGAGGACACUGGCGGGGAGAGUCUAAUCCUUCCCCUCCAGGCGGUCGGGGUCGUGGUGGUCGUGGCGACUUUGCUGGGAGAGAUCGUGACUUUGACAGAGCUCGUGAACCGGAUAGACGCCCUCCGCCCCCGAGGAGGGAAUCUCCACCCUACCGUGGUGGUCGUGCAGGGGGAAGAGGUGGCAGACGUUCACCGUCCAAUUCCAGGUCGCGAAGCCCGCCAAGACGAAGGGGUCCGCGUUAUGACUGAUUACCUUGAUGACCGCUGUUGCUACGAGUAGUUGCCUUGGUGCAUCUGCACUCAAGGGUAGAUGUGUGUCGUGCCGGGGAUGUGUACAUACUGUGAUCCGUAUCAGAGGUCUUAGUGCAGGCA